GUUGUUGUUCCCGGGACUCGCACACUCAGGGAGGGAGGCUGCGAAGCGCGUCCCCGCCACCAUUCCCCCGCGCCGCGCGCGUCCCCGCCUCCACCGCCACCUCCCCCCCGCGCGCUCCUGACAGGCCCAGGUACAUCACGAACAAUCACUCUGGCAAUGUCAUCUCUCCAACUUGGUGGGUGUGAAGGUUCUGGAACACGGUCACCCUGGACGGAUUCUCUAAAGUGCUGAUUGAAGGGGAGAAGUUAGCAGCGAAGUUGCAAUUUCUGACCAGUUCUGUCCAGGAGACUGUGCCCAGGUUAUGACGACUAAUCCCAAACCGAACAAGGCAUUAAAGGUAAAGGAGGAGUCGGGAGAGAACGCCCCAGUGCUGAGUGACGAUGAACUCGUGUCAAUGUCCGUCCGGGAGCUGAACCAGCACCUGAGAGGUCUCACGAAAGAAGAGGUCAUCCGCCUGAAGCAGCGGAGGCGCACGCUCAAGAACCGGGGCUAUGCUGCCAGCUGCCGCAUCAAGCGUGUGACACAGAAGGAGGAGCUGGAGAGGCAGCGGGUUGAGCUACAGCAAGAGGUGGAGAAGCUGGCCCGAGAAAACAGCAGCAUGAAGCUAGAGCUGGACGCCCUGCGCUCCAAGUACGAGGCAUUGCAGACCUUUGCUCGUACCGUUGCACGGGGGCCUAUUACCCCGACCAAAGUCGCCACCACUAGUGUCAUCACCAUUGUGAAAUCAGCUGAAAUCUCAUCCAGUUCUGUGCCAUUUUCAGCAGCAUCCUAGUGCCCUAGAUGGGGGAACUAGCAGCCUUUCGGAGGGAUGGGGAAAGGGCUCUUAUGCACCGUUCCAGAGUCCUUGGUCACUUCAAGAAUUGGCAUUUUAACAAUUCCUUCUCUUUCAAAAGUGCGGAAAAAAAAAAAUCUACAAAGGGAACGUAACUGGCUGCUCCUCUGUGAACUUAGUGGUUCCAUGAAGCUCUUGUGGCUGGGAUUUGAGCUCUGUACCUAGUAUGAGCUUUCUCUUCCUCCUCCUCCCCCUGCCUCCCCAACCCCCUUUUGGCUGUGGGCAGCUUCCCAAUUGGGAGAAGAUACCGGAGGAGCCUUCGUGAAUAAUGUUCAAGAGCCAGGUAACAGAUGGACUGUCAAAAUCAUGUGAGAUGAAUGUAUAGAGAAGAGUUUCCUUCAGCGGCAUCCAACUCCCAUUAAGAAGUUACCUCACCCCACCACCACGUUCAUCUGUCAUAGCAGUGGCAGAGAAAUAAACUCUGAAGCAGAGUCCAUUCCGCCAUGCACUGGGGGGAGGAGAGGAGGGUUGGUCAUACAGAGAGGGAAUAUGUUUGGGUCAGACCACACCAGUUAGGAAAAACCUUCCUGUCUUCAGCCCAUACUGGUUACCAGUUUACAUGUUUUAAUACACCCCAUACCUGUGUGGCCUAUAAAGCUAAAUUGCAGCCUCCCUUAUACAAAGCCAAGUCUACCAAGAGCUCCUUCCCCAAGAUGUGCCUGUAAAUUGGGUAUAUUUAUGCAGUUUAUUUCUUCCAGAUGAUCCACAGGUUUGUAAUAGUGGCUUAUUCAAGGUUCCUUGACGCUCAAGGGAGGAAGGCACAGUACAAUUUAAGAAGGGAGGUAUGUUGCGGGGCAUAGAGAGAAAUACUAAAGUAUUACUGGACUGAGGCAGAAUUGGUUGCCAUGAUGGGAAGUUGUUCUUCUGGAAAUCAGCACUGUGAAAACGUGUUUCUUUAGAGCAUGCUAGAAAGAUGUGUUAAAAGCAUUGAACUAGCAAGAGGGCCGAUAGUGUAUGUGCAAGAAGAUCAAAGCCAGCAGAAGCUCCUGGAUAACAGAGGUAGUGGUGGUUAAAGCCUUUGCCUGUUAGAACAGUGGCCAUCCCAACCUCAGGGGCCAUGUAUUCUGGUCUUUGCCAACAAGAGAUAGAGUAUGGGAUGUUGGGUGGAAGCUGAAAAGGGGAAGAAAGAUUCUUAACCCAAUCUGUCAUUAAAGCUGGGUUCCAAAGAGUAGAAAAACCUAUAGUGUUUUGUGUUGAGGGGUUUGAGAGAACCUGUCUGACAACAACCCUGAAAUUCAACAUUUCUUGGGGGUGUUAAUUAUCCCAAGAGAUGCAUGGAGGGCAGGAUUGGAAUCGGUGGCUUUUGGGGGAUGGUAAAAUUGGGGUCGAUAAGUAGGGCUUAUGGUUCUGAAGGAUAAUUGGGAAGAGGUAAUCAUGGCUCAGCAAUGGGCAGGAAAGGGGAAGCCAAAUGGAGAAGAGUCUAUUCUUUAACAGGACUGAAAAGACAUUCUAAGGUUCCAGGUCUGAGUGAAAAUAGCUGUGUUCGUGUUUGUGUGCUUGAAGUAGGAAAGAAAAGGGAUUGCCUGGUGUUCCAGAGUAGGUCAAAGAUUUGUGGGCUGUCAGAUGCCUGUUCUAAAGCAGGUGAGAAGAGGUUGAGACUCCAGAAGUUUAAGAUGAUUGGAGGCGAUGGCUAAUGGUCAUAUUCGGAAGAGUUUGGUAUACUAGUGUUCCAGAAUAAAGUACAAAGGAGAAGAUGGAGAAGAAUGACUGGCGGUCUAGUUUAACUGAAAAGGAUAAAGGAAGAUGCUCCUAUCAUUGAAGAGGACAGAAAAUUAGCAUCCUAGGCCAGCAUAGGAUAUUGUUUGUGAAGUUAUCUUGUAUCUUGAAUUGCAAGAAGAAUGCACAAGUUGAGUGAAGCCCUGUCUUUCUUCUAAAGACAAACACAAGUUGUUGGCUCACUUUUACCCAGUCACUGGAGUCUCUGGGUUUCCCAAGAAGGUACUUAAGUCAAGUAGUUGGAGAGGCAGAACCUGGUUCUCAUUCAGUCCUAAACCUCUACACUGAUGACUUUACUGAGCCAUAGGAUGUGUGAGAGUAAUGCUUCCUUGAUGGCUUUUACCCCACCAAAUUCAUCUCCUCCUGGAGGAGGCAAACAGGAAAUUACCAGCAAAUAUAGUUCGGAUGGUAUUUAGCUCUACUUCUCCACCACUUCCUUACCAUCUCCUAACAGGCAGAUUGAUGUCCUGCAUACCAGUACCAGUUAUUGGCUCCCCCAGCGGAAGCUGAGGAAGAGAAGAGAAGACCCUAAUCCCUUUUCAUGUUCUGUAACUCAAAAGUAUUUGGAAAUCUUCCCACAUCUCUAAGGUGCCACCAUUAACACAGGCAAUGUCUAGAUUCCUAGCACUGUUGGGACUUUAAAAGAGAAACAGAAAAAUAUCCAGUGGACUUGGAAAUGACCAAAUGUUCCCCAUUUCUAAAAUAGCUCCAUGAAAGUCUUGACAUUCCUGAACAGAUAAGACCACCCCCUCCACCUGGGGAAUCCUUCACUGCACCAAGGAAAUGAGAUCAACUAGACAGGAGUGUAAUGGGGAAUUUAAACGUAAUUCUGUGGGGUUCAGU